ACACAAUGGUUCUGAAUUCUGAUAAGUCGUCGUUAUCAAACAUGUGUAAGCUCAGAAAAGGGAAUUUCGAUGACCGGUGUUGGGUAUUGGAGACAAGAAUAAUUAUUGAAGAACCUGGAGUUUAGUUUUCUACUACCUAAAUACACUAGUUCGUUUCAACAAUUGAAAUAAACAUGAGUUUCACAGUUUCCAAAUGUUUUUGCAACGCUGUACGGACCUUGUCCCGCUCCAAUUACACGAGCGCCAUUAGCUUGAAAAAUUUACACCCAAAGAGUUCGUUGAAAAUUACCACACCGUCACCUGAACAGUUGGCCGACAAUAAAAUUUUCACGGGAUAUAUACCAGUGGAAGAGCUGGAAAUCACAUACAGCACUUCUAGUGGUCCAGGUGGUCAGAACGUCAACAAGGUCAAUACCAAAGUUGACCUGAGAUUCAAAGUGGAAUCGGCUCAAUGGCUCAAUGAAGAAAUCCGGCAGAAACUAAUUAAUAUCAAUCAAAAUAAACUGACUAAAGAGGGAUAUUUAGUAAUUCGGUCAGAAAAGACACGGUCGCAACAACUAAACCUUGCAGAUGCUAUUGAACGUUUGCGUUCUCUUGUCUGGAAAGCUGCUGAACCUGAGCCAAAGCAAUCUGAGGAAUCCAUUGAAAAAAUAAGACGCAGGAUGGAAAAAGCAAAUCGCACAAGAUUAAUAGAAAAGAAAAUGAAGUCCUUGACCAAGAGCAAUCGUCAAGCACCAACAGUGUUCUAAAUAUAUGUAGUAUACAUUGCAUAAACAUUAUUCAUCAAUUUGUCAUAACUUGAUGAUUAUUCAUAUUGUUUUAAAAUUUUUAUCUGAUAUUAAUAUUUAAUACAAAAUGUUACUUGUACAUAAAACUUAAGUAGUUUUUCA